AUGUCAGCCAACCCAGCUGGGAAAGGAGAACUUGAGCUGAGCAAUUGCCCUAGGAGCCUGCCCUGUGAGCAUGCCUGUGAAGCACUUUCUCGAUUGCUAGCUAAUAUAAGAGGGUCGAGCCCAGAAGAUAAGGAAAAGGUGAAGAGGCACCAGAAACAGCAGCUUCCUAACAAGGAGCUCAACCACGAGACCCAAAAGACAGAGAGGACCUUGGCCCACGAGAACCACCAGGCCAUCAAGUCCAUCAAGUCCGAGCCAGAGAGUGAGAACGAGGAACCAAAGAGGCCCUUAAGCCACUUCGAGCACCCCCACCGCUUCAGCAAAGGACUCAACAGCACUCCUCAGGAGCUGCGGCACUCACUGGGACCUGGCCUGUGCAGCCCACCUCUGUUAUCUCCCGGCCCGCCCUCUGCAUCCCCACCCAAGUGCAUCCCGAUGGAGUGUUACGUGGUCCGGCCACCACCCAUCAGCCCCCCACCUGACUCGCUGCCCCUGGAAGAUGGAGGAGUCCAUGUCAUGCAUAGAGAUAUGUGGAUGUCAGUCUUCAGCUACCUCAGCCACCAAGACCUGUGUGUCUGCAUGCGGGUCUGCAGGACCUGGAACCGCUGGUGCUGCUGUAAGCAGUUGUGGACCCAAAUCGACCUGAACCACUCCAAGUCCAUUACACCCCUGAUGCUAAGUGGCAUCAUCCGGCGUCAGCCUGUCUCUCUUGACCUCAGCUGGACCAAUAUCUCCAAGAAGCAGCUGAGCUGGCUCAUCAAUCGGUUGCCUAGGCUCCGAGACUUGGUACUGUCAGGCUGCUCAUGGAUCACUCUCUCAGCCCUCUGUAGCUCCAGUUGUCCAUUGCUCCGGACCCUGGAUGUCCAGUGGGUAGAAGGACUAAAAGAUGCCCAGAUGUGGGAUCUCUUGUCUCCACCCACAGACAACAGACCAGGUCAGACGGACAAUCGGAGCAAGCUCCGGAACAUUGUAGAACUGCGCCUAGCUGGCCUGGACAUCACAGACGCCUCCCUGUGGCUCAUUAUUCACCAUAUGCCCCUGCUCUCCAAGCUCCAGCUCAGUUUCUGUAACCACAUCACUGAUCAGUCCAUCAACCUGCUCACUGCAGUCAGCACCACCCAAGACUCUCUGACAGAGAUCAACCUAUCAGGCUGCAAUAAGGUCACUGACCAGUGCCUGUCCUUCUUCAAACGCUGUGGAAAUAUCUGUCAUAUUGACCUGAGGUACUGCAAGCAAGUCACCAAGGAAGGCUGUGAGCAAUUCAUAGCUGAAAUGUCUGUGCGUGUCCAAUUUAGGCAAGUGGAAAAGAAACUCCUGAAAAAGCUAAGUUAG